AAAAUGGCUAGUCUCCCUCCACGCAAUAAAUCAGCUACUAAUAAAAUAUCUAAACAAGAAGUAAAUCCUUUACAAAUUCUAUUACAAAUGGGAUUUCCAAAAAAUAGAGCCUUAAAAGCUUUAGCAGCUACUGGAAAUCGAAGCGUUCAGUUGGCUUCUGACUGGCUUCUAACUCACGUAAACGACGCUCACAUCGAUGCCAAUGAACCCCGAGAGUAUAUACUUCAUGCUGUCCCAACUGGUCCAUUAUUUACCCAAUUUUUAGACUUCUGGGAGAAAUCGAAAAAGACUGGUUGGAAUGGAGCACACAACUGUCCUCCUCAUAUCACACUUGUACCUUCUUUUAAGGCACCAGAUAAUGCAUCUCUACAAUUAGCAAAAGCAGUAAAGCAAGUAGUAGAUAUUGUAGGACAACCACCUUCCAGUCCAAUAAAAUUAGAACCUUAUAUUUCACCUAACUUUAUUGGUUUAUUCAUAUCUGAAGAGCAUGAAGUUUACUUAAAAAACAUUGCAUUACAGUAUGCUAAGCAAGUAUCUUCUAUAUCAUCAAAUAUGGAGGCGCAAACCAAAUCUUUGCAUAUGACAUUGGCAUAUAAUUUUGAGGAGACUUCAUACGAUGCUCUCAAGGCACUAGCAGAUGAGCUUGAUCUGAGCCAAUUGCAAACACCAGUAUGGGAACUGCGACUUUAUUCGAGAGAUUCACGUUUCUCGAAUUAUCAGGUAUAUAAAGUAACUCAGAGUUACGUGCCCGAGGCCAGUGACGAGUUGGAGUUGGUGCCAGACGAUUACGUUUACAUUGAUGGGAAGCAGUUCGAGACCUCCUCCGACGGCUGGGUGUACGGCACUUCUUGGCUCACGGGUUUAAGUGGCUACUUGCCGGGCGUGUGUGUGCGCCGGACGCCUGACUCCGACGCGUGGACGCUGCAUCGUGCCAUUUCUUUGACUAGCAGUAAAAGCAGUGAUAGUAAAUCGGACUGUAAUACAGAGGUCGAAAUGGAGACCAAGUACCCGCACGAAGACGCUGAAAAACUUGCUUUUGAGAAAUCUGAAGAUAUAUAUAAAACUUGGGAUAUUUUCUGGAAAUCUCAAGCAAUGAAUAUAGUAGACAACGUUUUACAAGAUACGCAGGGUCCCGCAAAAGAAGAGAUUGAUAUUAGUAACUCUUCCGUCACGAUGGAUAGCAAAAAAGGUGAGGUAAAAGAGGGAACUGACAAAGAGCGUCGUUGGAUAUUUUGUCUGCGUCACGGCGAGCGUGUAGACCUUACGUAUGGUUCGUGGGUUCCGUUUUGCUUCGACGAGAAUGGAACCUACACCCGUAAGGACCUCAACAUGCCUUUGACUCUGCCGGAACGGUCGGGCGGCGCGCAGGCGUACGCGCGCGACACGCCGCUGACGCGCGUGGGCGCGCUGCAGGCGCGGCUGGUGGGCGAGGCGCUGCGGCUGGCGGGCGCGCGGCCGGCGCGCCUGCUCGCCUCGCCCGCGCUGCGCUGCGUGCAGACCGCGCACCACGUGCUGCGCGGUCUAAAUGAUUCGACGACGAAAAUAAGAAUUGAGCCCGGAUUAUUCGAGUAUAAACAGUGGUACGCUAAAAGCGGACUGGGGCCUUUUAUGACACCACUAGAGUUGCAUAAAGCUGGUUACAAUGUCGAUCUCGAGUACAAGCCACUUUCAGAGUUGGAUGUGAACAGCGCAGAGACAUUGCAAGACUUUUAUGAACGCAACAAAAGUAUAAUACAAACUGUUGUCAAGGAAACAGAACAAGAAGGUGAGAAUAUAAUGUUCGUGGGUCACGCGGCGACGCUCGACAUAAUGGUGCGGUCGCUGAGACAGCUCGCGUCGGACCGCCAGCAGGAGCCGCCCUACCAGCUGAGCGGCUGCCUGGCGCGCGUGCCGUACUGCGCGCUGGCCGCCGCCAGGGACCGGCCCCUGCAGAUCACAUCGCCCCCCUGUCCGCCUUCCAUCAACUCUAGCUCAGGCCGCUUCGACUGGAAGAUAUUGCUGGACGUCGGAAAUGAAUAAUGUCUUAAGUGAUUGUAAUAAUCAAUUUUAGAGAUGUUAUUCAAGCCGUUGACCAUUGUUGUUAUUCUACAUCAUUAAAUACAAUUUAUAUUGACGCUUCUUAAAUAUUGAUUAGUAUAAUUAUGAUAUAUAAAUUUUUGGUUUAUGUUUAGAUUGCUCAUUUAAUAUAGCAUAAAUUUUUCCGCAAUUGUUACUGUCAAAACAUGAACUUCGAGACUUACAUAGAAAAAUUAUUUCUAAAUUACUUGCUUAAGCAGUUGUUUUCAAUUUAAAGAUUGGGUAGCGUUUUGACGUACAAAAUAUGCGAUAUCGUAUUUGCUUUUGUUAUAAUAAAACAUUUAUAUAGAUCUUAGACUAACUUUAACUAACUAGACUUCAAGUGUUUUUUUUUAGUUUAAGUAUUAAGUGGUUAAGAAUUGUAAUCUACAAGAUUCUUAGUUAAUAUUGAUUGACAUUUGAUUCUGUUAAUAUUUAACACCUACAUAUAAAAUUAAUACUUCAAAAUAAAAUGCUUCAAUUGUUGUAAAAUAAAUAUUAAGCUAGUUAGCCUUUAUAGCAAAAUAAAUCAAAAACAAUCCUGUCCAACUUUAAUAGUUAAGGCUCUGUGAUAAUGAAUUUGUUAUUCAUACAGCCAUUACAUGUUCUUAUUUAGUAAGUAUAAAUAGAGCUCACUAUUUGAUGCAUCUAUGAUAUCAUAAGUUAUAAUGUAUAUUACAUUGUAUGGUGUACAUUUUUUUUAUGUAACACUCAUAAUCAUGCCUUUUAUAUUAUUACUUUUUACCAUUAGGUCGCCAAAAAAGCGUACGGCUCACCUGACGGUAAACGGUUACCGUAGCCUGCAACUAUACAAGCAUCACAAAGGCGGUGCCGUCCCUACCCUCAAUCCUACCCUUGAGCUUUGUAUAUAUUAGUCUCAAUAGUAUGUAACAUAUUUUUCUACGUGGCAAGAGACUUAGUAAUUACUGUUAAGAAUUCUAUUACACUUAUCUUGUCAAUUACUUGUGAGUAAUUAUUUUCAUUAGCAAUAUAUCUGAUUAAUUUUUUUUAAGUUCUCAGUGGAGUCAUGUAGUUCAAACAUUAUUCCUAGAAUGUAUAAGUGAAAAACACUUUUCUUAGAACUCCUUUUAUUCUAAUAAAAUAAAACUUACAAAUCAAUUAACAAAAUAUUUUCGGUAAAUAGAAUCAUUUAUCUCUGAAUAAUAAAAUUAAAAAGUGAUUAAUUAAUUUUCACACAGUGCUUAAUUAAAUUACAUCUUGAUUGCUUACUUGACGACUCAAAGGAAAUAAACAACAUUUUGUCAGUACAAAUAAGUGCCAGUGAUGUUAAAUUAAAGAAUUUUGUAAAGAAAUGUCAAAGAAAACUUUUAAAAACUGAUUUCUUUUUGUUUUGCAAAAAUAAAAUAAAGACAAUAAGUACACACCAAAAAAAACGAUAUUUGAUUUAUCCCUUUUGUAUGAACAUUUUAGGUUAAAUCAACCUCAACAAAAUUAUGUAAUGUUUAAAGAAAUCAUUUGUUUAUUUAUAUUACUUGUUACAAUAAGUUAAAGUUUUGGGUGUCAUUUAUCAUAUCCAUAUUUUCCUAUUUUGCCAAGUAUUUUUAAGUGCCUUUCAUUUUGUAGAAUUUCAUACAAUCCAUUUGUUUUACAUGAGUCAUAUGUUUGUGAUGAACAAAUAUAAAGAUUGUAUUAUGUAAUAUAAUUUUGGUAUAAAUAAAAUUUUAAAUAUA